AUGCGGUCCCUCGUCUGCGCACUACUGUUGCUCGCAUGCUACGCCGUCGACGCGCUCUGCAGCGAGACGCGCGACCCGGUCGGCUGCGUCGCGAAGGGGUGCACGUGGUGCGCCGCCGCAACGCACCGCGGCUGCAGUCGGAGCGGCGGUGCGUGCCCAAAGCACUGCAGCACGACCAAGCACCUCGGUGACCUGGCGUCGUGUCCCGACCUGCCGGUCACACGAGUUUCGGCGACCGAUGCGGGCCCGACCGUAGGCGCCGCAGGGCCUGACACGUCGGCCAUAGCGUCCUCGGUCCUGGUGUCCGGCCCUAGCUCGCCCGUCGGCGUCGGCGUGGGCUUCAGCGGCGGCGGCUCACGCGCGUUCGCGUGCACGUUCGGCUGGGUCCGCGCGUUGCGCGACCUCGGGCUCUGGCACGCGAACCUGACGGUCGCCGGCAUCUCAGGGGCGGCCUGGUUUUUGGCCCCGUUCGCGUACGCGACCGCGGACGAGGCGGCGCUCUUAGGCGAAUACCUCGAGCCGGAGCGCCUCUCGGCCAAAAUGGUCGCGGCGUCCGGCGGCAGCAUGGCCUCGUUACCCGGUCCGAUCAUCGCGAAAUGCACAGCGCGCCUCCUCGGCGUCCUCGGGACGCUCGACAGCGAGGGUCUCGGGCGCAUCUGGCGCGACGUUAUUGAUUCUACAUUCCUCAAACCGUUGGGAGUGGUGGGAACGCGGCCGGUCGCUGCCUCUGCGGCCGCAGCCGCCGAUCUGAAGCGGCGAAACCCCGGGACCUUUGAUCGGAAGCUUUAUAAGCCGCUCGUGCCGCGCAACGCGAGCGCACCGGUGCCCAUUAUGCUCGGCGCGCUGGAGGGCCCCGCCUCUAUAGCGCCGCUCAAAAGUGACGCGCCGUACUUUUCACUCGCAAUGGGGCCUAAUUGGGCGGGCGUGCCCGGCGCCCGGCGCGUCACCUACACGUCUCGACGGAAGAACCACACGGAAACGGUCGCGGUGGGUGGUUUUGUCGAAUCCUGGGCGUUGGGGGCGAUACCAUUCCUCACCGUCGAGCAGACGAUGCCGCGGGGACGGCGCCGCGUCGAUGGCGUCGGGGAACACGUCGAAGUCGCGUUGGGCACGGCACCCACCGGCAUCGCGGACUCGCUCGGCAUCGCGUCGAUGGCGCCGGCGCGGCUUUUUCUGGAGAGCCUGCCGCCGAUUGGCCGCGCCAUCUCGGCGGGCACGGGCUUCCUCGACACGGUGCCUACCGUCCGCGUCUGGGCGUCCUCCGUCGACGAGGCGCCGACGACGCCUCCCCUCCAAGCCGUCGGCGACGGCGGCGACCUGAGCAACACCGGCGCGCCGUAUUUGCUCCAGCGCGGCCACGACCGCCUGGUGAUAUUUGAUUGCGCCGAAACUCCUCUUAACGUGUCCUGGGACCCGCGCGCGCGGUCGCCGACGACGACGGACGUCGACGCCUAUUUGCCGCCGCUCUUCGGUCUCCGGUCUCGCGGAGACAAGGGCGUCGAGGCGGAGACCGCCCGCAAUCACGUGUUCGACACCGAGGGUUUCCCGCGGUUGGUCGAGGCGCUCCAGGCGGCGGCCAGGAGCGGCUUCGGCGCCGUGGCGCGCGUGGCGCUCACGACAGUGCGCAACGACUUCUUCGGCGUCGAGGCCGGGCGCGCCGUCGACGUGACGCUCGUUUAUUUAGAUCUCCCGAAACGAUGGGUCGACGCGCUCCCGAAGGAGACGGUCAAGGCAAUCCGCCGCUACCGAGGAUUCCCGGAGACGCCGACGAUCUCGGACCUCGACCUUACGCGGAGCGAGGUGUCGCUGCUCGCGCAGCUCUGCUCCUGGGUCGUCCGGCAGCACGCGGACCUGCUCCGCGACGCGUUGUUGUACUAAUAGUAUGCUUG